AUGACCGCUUGCUCCCUCUUCAGCUACGUUGCCAUUGUGUGGAUGAAGAUCGUCCCGCUGCAGCCACUCAAGUCCUCCUCGCAGCUGCUCAGGAUCGUGGCUCUCAGUGCCGUGUUCUGCUUCUCAGUGGUGGGCGGCAACACGUCGCUGCGCUUCAUCCCAGUCUCAUUCAACCAGGCCAUCGGCGCCACCACGCCAUUCUUCACGGCUGUCUUUGCCUACCUCCUCACCUUCAAGCGCGAGGCCGCCCUCACGUAUGCCGCGCUCCUGCCCGUCGUGCUCGGCGUUGUCAUCGCCACCGGGAGCGAGCCCAGCUUUCACCUCUUUGGCUUCAUCAUCUGUGUAUCAGCAACAGCAGCCAGGGCACUCAAGUCUGUGCUGCAGGGUUUGCUGUUGCAGUCAGAUGGCCAUCAGCUCAACUCCAUGAAUCUUCUCUUCUACAUGGCUCCCAUCGCAGUACUCCUCCUCCUCCCCGCCACUCUCAUCAUCGAACCAACCGUCCUCGCCGUUGCCGCCAGCAAAGCGGGUGAAGAUUGGCGGAUCGUCCCUCUGCUCCUGGUCAACUCCUCUACUGCGUUUUUCGUCAAUCUCACCAACUUUCUGGUUACCCGUUACACGAGCGCACUCACUCUUCAGGUCCUCGGAAAUGCCAAGGGUGCAGUUGCUGUUGUCGUCUCAAUCAUCAUAUUCCGAAACCCUCGAAAGUGA